CCUCUGUACUAUUUCUUCCGGUCGAAACAUAGCACGACUGGAAGGGCGGAAUAGAACAACCCUACGUACUGUCAUUAGACAGCAACAAGGGCACUGUUUUCAGCUUUGUUGUUCGGUUCGACUACCUCGCCUUUCCAUGCUGCUGUGCCGGGUCUCGGCAGUAGGCCAGACGCUAGCGAGAUGGGGACGGAGGUCCUCCAGGGGAGACGGCCUCUCCCUCCACCGUGCUCUCUCCUUCAGCUCCAGUCGCUGUCAUGCCGUCAGUUCAGGCGAAGGCGGUUCUAAGUCCUCAGAGGCGGGCUCCGCAGACACUCUCUACCGGGACACGGUGCUUCUGCCUCGGACCGAGUUCCCAAUUAAACUGACCGGACAGAAGCUUCUGGACCGAGAGCUCCAGAUACAGAAAGAGUGUGGCUUUGCAGAUUUGUACUCCUGGCAGAGAGAAAGGAAGGCCAAGAAGGAGUUCUGCCUCCAUGAUGGACCCCCAUAUGCCAAUGGGGACCCUCAUGUUGGACAUGCUCUCAAUAAGAUCCUGAAAGAUAUCCGGAACCGCUUUGAGAUGUUAAGGGGCCGGGAGGUCCACUACAUCCCAGGCUGGGACUGCCAUGGUCUGCCUAUUGAGCUGAAGGCUUUGGGAAAUCUGGGGACCAGCGGCCUAAGUCCACUACAGAUUAGACAGAAAGCACGGGAGUUUGCAGAGGGGGCAAUAGCUCGUCAGAAAGCUGCUUUCCAGCGGUGGGGGGUGAUGGCGGAUUGGAACCAGUGCUACUACACCUUUGAUGGGGCCUAUGAGGCGGCUCAGCUGAAAGUCUUUCAGGAGAUGCACAGCAAGGGACUCAUAUACCAAGACUACAAGCCUGUCUUCUGGUCUCCUUCAUCCAGAACCGCCCUGGCAGAGGCUGAGUUGGAGUACAACGCUGAACAUGUGAGCAGAGCUAUCUAUGCUACGUUCCCUCUGGUCAAACUGCCGCCUAUGAUCGCUUCAGAAAAAGCAGGUCUGGAGGAUGUCUCUGUGUUGGUAUGGACCACUCAGCCUUGGACUAUUCCCGCCAACCAGGCUGUGUGCUUCAUGCCUAAUACCCAGUACUCUGUGGUGAAGAGAUCAGACAAUUCUCAGCUGCUGUUGGUAGCGACUGAGCGCACACCUAGCAUGGCAGCGCUGCUCGGCACAGAGCUGCAGAAUGUAGGCACGUUCACAGGCUCUCAGCUUGAAGGUGGGAUGUGCAAACAUCCCACUAUCCCUGACAAGCAAGUGCCGCUUUUGCCGGCCAAUCACGUGACCAUGGCAAAGGGAACAGGAUUGGUCCACACGGCGCCAGCUCAUGGCAUGGAUGAUUACAGCGUGGCUUCACAAUUCAAACUGUCUGUGGAGUGUAUGGUGGAUGAAGACGGCAAGUUCACUGAGCUGGCUGGACCUGAGCUACAGAACCUGUCUGUAAUGAAAGAAGGCACAGAUAAAGUGAUUUCCAUGCUGAAGGAGUGUGGGGCUCUGGUGAUGGAGGAGCAGUGUGUCCACAGUUACCCAUAUGACUGGAGGACAAAACAGCCUGUGAUCAUCAGGCCCAGUAAACAGUGGUUCAUCAACACAGCAUCACUUAAAGACAAGGCAAAGGAGGCGCUGCAGAAGGUACGCAUUUUGCCAGAGUCGGCGAGGGCCAGCCUGCUAGCCAUGCUGGACAGACGCACCUACUGGUGCAUCUCCAGACAGAGAAGCUGGGGCGUCCCAAUCCCUGCCUUCUACCACAGGGAGACCGGAGAGGCUCUCAUCAACAAAUACACCGUGUCACACGUCGCAAAGCUUUUCAAAGAAAAGGGCAGUGACUGUUGGUGGGAGCUUCCAAUUGAGACAUUGCUGCCACCAGAGGUUCUCAAAAAGAGUAAAGCAGGGCCAGUGAGUGACUACGUUCGCGGAGAAGACGUCCUGGACAUCUGGUUUGACAGUGGGUCAUCGUGGGCUGCUGUACUUGAAGAGGAGAUUGAGGGAGAGUCGGAGGAGUCACACCUCAGCUGGCUCCCUGCUCCGCUACGCAAACCUCUGGUCGCAGACUCAGACUCCAGGGCUGAUGCAUAUGUGGAAGGAAAGGACCAGAUUGGAGGCUGGUUUCAGUCAUCGCUGCUCACCAGUGUAGCUGUCAGGAACAAGGCGCCUUACAAGUCUCUGGUGGUCCACGGCUUUACAGUCAGUGAGAAGGGAGAAAAGAUGUCCAAGUCUCUGGGUAAUGUUGUGGAUCCUGACGAAGUCAUUAAUGGAAGAAAGGACUCUAGUUUGCCGCCUUAUGGAGCAGAUACGCUUCGUUGGUGGGUGGCAGAGUCAAAUGUCUUCUCUGAGGUCCAAAUUGGCCCCAGUGCACUCAAUUCAGCAAGAGACAGCAUCACCAAGUUGAGGAACACGCUGAAGUUCCUGCUUGGCAACCUGCAGGGCUUCGACCCUCGUGUGCAAGCGGUGGACCCCAAACAGAUGUACUAUAUUGACCAGUACAUGUUGCACUUGAUCCGCGAGUACAGCAUCAAGGUCACAGACGCCUACAGCGAGUUCGACGCCGGCAGGGUCAUCCGUGUCCUCCAGAACUUUGUUGCCAGUGACCUCUCCAGCUUCUACUUCAGCAUCAUCAAGGACAGGUUGUACUGUGAUCCAGAGGACUCGCUGGGUAGAAGAUCCUGUCAGACUGCUUUAGAAGAGAUUCUGGAUGGUGUGACCAGAUCCAUAGCUCCCAUCUUGCCACACCUGGCCGAAGAGGUCUAUCUACACGCACCAGGACAUGACAAAGGGGAGACGUUGUUCAAAAGCGGCUGGAUCAAAAGCAGCUCCGUGUGGCGGCGGCCAGGAUUAGAGGAGGCCGUGGAGGGAGCUUGUGCCAUCAGGGACUCCUUCCUGUCGUCCAUUCCUGGAAAACAUGCUGCACAGUAUGACCUCACUGUUGCCAUCGAACCUGGUCUUCUGUUUGAGCUCAUGGAGUCUCUUCAAGAAGAGCCCACCUCCACCACCUCCCAGCUGGCUGAGUUGAUGAUGGCAGCCAGGGUCAGCCUGACGACUGAGCUGCCCCGUGACCUCCACCCAGAUGCCCAGCUCAGCCAUGGAACCUUCCUCAUCAACCUGGAGGGUGGUGUUAUCCGUGAGGACAGUGCCUACAGUAUAGCUGUGGUCCCCACCUCUGGUGCCCGGUGCCCCCGCUGUCGCCGCUACACUGCAGAGUCAGCUGACUGCCUGUGCCCCCGCUGCAAGACUGUCGUUUCACAGGCUCACUGACGGCCCAGUCAGCCAGGCUGUCACCGUGACAACCACAAAACCAUCAUCGUCCAACGCUGGCUUGUGUUGCUCCCCCUCCUGAGGGGAGACCAGACUUGGUAGUGGAAACUGUCUCUGUCAGAGAGAUGUGAAACGGCUGAACCAGAUGUUGAAUCACUCCUUCCGCUCUUAUUCGGCUGGUCAUCGCAAGCAGUGAACCCACAGCUCGGCACUGGAAGAGAAUGGCCGGAUAGCAGACGACGAAACGUUUUUUCCUCAGUGUGCUUAAUGAUUUACUGCUUUAUGCUCUUUUCAGUUUUUAUUUAACAGCGGGUGUGAACUGUAAAACCAAAUCAACAAUCUACUGCACCAUUGGAAAGAUUUAUUCUGUAUAUACUGUAGAUGGGCUUUGGAGACAUGUGAUUUUCAGUCUAGAACGGAUGCCACUAACAGGGCUCAUGUUUUUUAUGUGUCAAUAUAUGGAAAUUCACUACAAUGAGUGUCACUAUGUGACAACAUAUAUAGUCUAAGGAAGAUGAUGUGGGGAAGCUUUUGACAGCACCUGCUUUUGUUUAAUAAAUUCUGUUAUAAUUGAUGGUA